GCCGCCGGGAGGAAGAGGGGUCGCCGCGCGGUGUUCCCGCGGCCGCCGCGCUCUCGCCGUCGCAGUAUUUCCUGUUCGGAUUAUCUUUUGCUUCCCCCCACCCCCAGCUGCCGCCUCUCCUUCCCUUCACACUCGCACUCUUCUGGGUCCGCGGUCGAAGCUGCCCUCGGCUCCGGCCCGUGCACCCCGCCGGGGACCCCCGGCGCCUGUCCUCCCGCCGAGACCAUGAGGAAAUUCAACAUCAGGAAGGUGCUGGACGGCCUGACCGCCGGCUCGUCGUCCUCGCAGCAGCAGCAGCAGCAGCAGCACCCGCCUGGGAACCGGGAGCCCGAGAUCCAGGAAACGCUCCAGUCCGAGCACUUUCAGCUCUGCAAGACUGUGCGCCAUGGAUUCCCCUAUCAACCCUCAGCCCUGGCCUUUGAUCCUGUACAGAAGAUCCUGGCAGUGGGAACUCAGACUGGUGCUUUAAGGCUUUUUGGUCGUCCAGGAGUAGAAUGUUAUUGCCAGCAUGACAGUGGGGCUGCAGUAAUCCAGCUCCAGUUCCUGAUUAAUGAGGGAGCUCUUGUGAGUGCCUUGGCUGAUGACACCUUACAUUUGUGGAAUUUGCGUCAAAAGAGGCCCGCUAUACUACAUUCCCUUAAAUUUUGCAGAGAAAGGGUUACAUUUUGCCAUCUGCCUUUCCAGAGUAAGUGGCUCUAUGUGGGCACUGAAAGAGGUAAUAUACACAUUGUCAAUGUGGAGUCCUUCACACUCUCAGGCUACGUCAUUAUGUGGAAUAAAGCCAUUGAACUGUCCUCUAAAUCUCACCCAGGACCUGUUGUCCAUAUAAGUGAUAAUCCAAUGGAUGAAGGAAAGCUUUUAAUUGGCUUUGAAUCUGGAACAGUAGUCUUAUGGGACCUCAAAUCUAAGAAAGCUGACUACAGAUACACAUAUGAUGAGGCUAUACACUCUGUUGCUUGGCAUCAUGAAGGAAAACAGUUUAUUUGCAGUCAUUCAGAUGGCACCUUGACUAUAUGGAAUGUGAGGUCCCCUACUAAGCCUGUACAGACAAUCACUCCACAUGGAAAACAGUUAAAGGAUGGGAAGAAGCCAGAACCAUGCAAACCUAUCCUCAAGGUGGAAUUCAAAACGACUAGAUCUGGGGAACCUUUUAUUAUUUUAUCAGGAGGUUUGUCAUAUGAUACUGUAGGAAGAAGACCUUGCUUAACAGUGAUGCAUGGGAAAAGUACUGCUGUGCUAGAAAUGGACUAUUCAAUUGUUGAUUUUCUAACACUGUGUGAAACACCAUACCCAAAUGAUUUUCAGGAACCGUAUGCUGUGGUGGUUCUUCUAGAAAAGGAUUUAGUACUUAUAGACCUUGCACAAAAUGGCUACCCUAUAUUCGAAAAUCCCUACCCUUUGAAUAUACAUGAAUCUCCUGUUACAUGUUGUGAAUAUUUUGCUGAUUGUCCUGUGGACCUUAUUCCUGCACUUUAUUCUGUUGGAGUUAGACAGAAACGUCAAGGUUACAGCAAAAAGGAAUGGCCCAUCAAUGGGGGUAAUUGGGGCUUGGGUGCUCAAAGUUACCCAGAAAUAAUUAUUACAGGACAUGCUGAUGGGUCAGUUAAGUUCUGGGAUGCUUCUGCAAUAACUCUACAAGUAUUAUAUAAGCUAAAGACAUCCAAAGUAUUUGAAAAGUCAAGAAAUAAAGAUGACAGGCCAAACACAGAUAUUGUAGAUGAAGAUCCAUAUGCCAUUCAGAUCAUUUCCUGGUGUCCAGAAAGUAGAAUGCUUUGCAUAGCUGGAGUUUCAGCUCAUGUCAUCAUUUAUAGAUUUAGCAAACAGGAAGUGAUUACAGAAGUCAUUCCGAUGCUUGAAGUUCGAUUGUUAUAUGAGAUAAAUGAUGUGGACUCUCCAGAGGUUGAGCAGCCACCUCCUUUGUCAACACCUGUGGGAAGUUCCAAUUCUCAGCCCAUUCCUCCUCAGUCUCAUCCUUCUACUAGUAGCAGUUCAUCUGAUGGGCUUCGUGAUAAUGUACCUUGUUUAAAAGUCAAAAAUUCACCACUGAAACAGUCUCCAGGUUAUCAGAUGGAACUAGUUAUUCAGUUGGUAUGGGUGGCUGGAGAACCACCACAACAAAUAACCAGCUUGGCAGUCAAUUCUUCCUAUGGACUAGUGGUUUUUGGUAAUUGUAAUGGCAUUGCUAUGGUUGACUACCUCCAGAAAACAGUGCUGCUCAACCUGGGCACUAUUGAGUUAUAUGGCUCUAAUGAUCCUUAUCGGAGAGAACCUCGGUCUCCUCGCAAAUCUCGACAACCUUCAGGAGCAGGUCUGUGUGAUAUUAGUGAAGGGACAGCAGUCCCAGAAGAUCGCUGCAAAUCUCCAACUUCCGGUUCUUCAUCACCACACAAUUCAGAUGAUGAACAAAAAAUGAAUAAUUUUAUAGAAAAGGUGAAGACCAAAAGCAGAAAGUUUUCCAAGAUGGUAGCCAGUGAUAUAGCAAAGAUGUCAAGGAAGUUAAGUUUGCCCACUGAUCUAAAGCCUGAUUUAGACGUAAAAGAUAAUUCCUUCAGCCGAUCACGGAGUUCAAGUGUAACCAGCAUUGACAAAGAAUCCCGAGAAGCUAUCUCUGCUCUUCAUUUCUGUGAAACUUUUACUCGAAAGGCGGACUCCUCCCCUUCCCCGUGUCUCUGGGUUGGAACAACACUGGGAACAGUGCUGGUCAUUGCACUGAACCUUCCCCCAGGAGGAGAACAAAGACUUCUUCAGCCAGUGAUUGUGUCUCCAAGUGGUACUAUACUGAGGCUAAAAGGGGCGAUUUUGAGAAUGGCAUUUCUGGAUACCACUGGCUGCUUAAUGCCACCUGCAUAUGAACCCUGGAAAGAACACAACGUUCCUGAAGAAAAAGAUGAAAAGGAGAAAUUGAAAAAAAGGCGGCCUGUCUCAGUAUCACCCUCUUCCUCUCAGGAAAUUAGUGAAAACCAGUAUGCAGUGAUUUGCUCUGAAAAGCAAGCAAAAGUAAUCUCACUGCCAACCCAGAACUGUGCUUACAAGCAAAACAUAACAGAAACCUCAUUUGUGCUUCGUGGAGAUAUUGUAGCAUUGAGUAACAGUAUCUGCCUGGCAUGUUUCUGUGCCAAUGGACAUAUUAUGGCUUUCAGUUUGCCAAGUUUAAGGCCACUAUUGGAUGUGUAUUACUUGCCCCUUACCAAUAUGCGGAUAGCCAGAACGUUCUGCUUCACCAACAAUGGCCAAGCAUUAUAUCUUGUUUCACCUACAGAAAUUCAGAGACUGACUUAUAGUCAAGAGACCUGUGAAAAUCUUCAGGAAAUGUUGGGGGAACUCUUCACUCCUGUAGAAACUCCUGAAGCACCAAACAGGGGAUUCUUUAAAGGCUUAUUUGGAGGUGGUGCACAAUCUCUUGAUAGAGAAGAACUAUUUGGAGAGUCAUCCUCGGGAAAGGCUUCCAGGAGUCUUGCCCAGCAUAUCCCUGGCCCCGGUGGAAUUGAAGGUGUGAAAGGAGCUGCUUCGGGAGUUGUUGGUGAACUAGCACGAGCCAGGCUGGCACUAGAUGAGAGAGGGCAGAAACUUGGCGACUUAGAAGAAAGAACUGCAGCUAUGUUAUCAAGUGCAGAUUCGUUUUCUAAACAUGCUCAUGAGAUGAUGUUGAAAUACAAAGAUAAGAAGUGGUACCAGUUCUGACAACCAGAAUCCAAUAAGUCCAACUUCAGUGAGAAGGAAAAAGUUUUCCUUUUUUACUCCAUCAAUUUAUUUAGGAAAGUUAUCAUUAAAGGGAUGUUCAUCACUGGAAACCGUUCUUUCCUAGCACCAUCAUGCACUGUUUUACCUCAGUCAUGUGGCUUUAAUGAGGAAUGUUCACACACUCAAACUGGUAUACAUGGUGUGUGCCGGAUAGGAGCUGACAGUUCAGAAACAAAGCAGAUCUUAAGUGACAGAUGAAGAAAUAAGGGGGAUGUUGAGGAGACAUGGCAGGGACUAUUCCUAGAUCAUUCCUGUAUUAAACUUUCAUAUGCCAAAAGAUGUUGUGCCAUUGGCAUCAGUGUUUGACCUGUUUGAGGGAGAGGCAAUAAGUCAGAAGUCCUGAAGCUGAAAUAGUUACCUUUGUGUCAUUGGACUGUAUUAUAAACAGCUUUCUUGGACUUUCCCUCCCUUAAACUAACUGGCCAUCAGUAUCAUUAGUGAAAAAGAAGCAAAUUGUUUGUUAUUAUAUCUUUAGACAGAUAAGCUGAAUGGUGGGCUUUAAAUAAUAAAUACAUACACAUAGAUGACUUGUGUAUGGGCUACUCUUGGAUUCUCAUUAAUAUAUACUUGUGUUUAGUUCAUAUUUUGUCAAAAGCAAAACAAGGUGAUAAAUCACUUUUCAUUGAAAAGAAAAGUGUAGAGCAUGACUGAAUUGCUCAUCAUUCUGGAAGUUUCCAUGUAGUGGCUAUGCAGUGUGGAAAGUGAGAAAAACCUCCAUUGUGGUGAGGAGAAUAAUUCAAUGUCCCUUAUCCUUGUUCUCAUUAAUUCAGCUAACGGUGGAUUUGACCAAAAUAGUUAUUGGUUAAAUUUGUAGAAAUGUUGAACUUGGCUAAGUUUUUAAUUUUGCUUGACUUUUUAUAAAUGUUUAACCAAAUGUACCCUUUGCAUUAUUUAAUUAAAAUUGCUUAAAAAAAUUGUUUCUUUAUUUCAGUGAAAUGCUCAGCUCCCUUUUUAAAAUGCCCUUUAUUUGCUAACACUUCCAAUACACUCAGGUGAUUAGCUAAUUAAAUCUUAGUGCACAUGCUAUUGCUUGGAAAAUUACAAGCAUCUGUUGUCAAUAACUAUAUAAGAGUCUAGUCUGAUGACCUACAAAUUAUUUUCUAUAGAAAUAUAAGUCACCUGUACAUAUCCUUCCAAGGUUUUAAAAAGCCAAAAGGAAAGGAAAAUACGUACACUUUCAUAACUAAAUUAUUUCUGGACUGCAGUAUAAUGCAAAAUUGAGACCAUCAGUGGACAACAGUUAGUUCUUAGAAUAGAUUCUAGAUAGGAAAGAAACCACUUGGUAGAUCCGCAAGUAAGCAGUCUCAUAAUGCAAGCUAAUCUGAGAUGAUUGAUUGAUAAAGCUACAAAGAGAAAAAUAAAAAUAUUAAAAUUACUGUUAAUGAAAUUUAAAUACUCUCAUCCUUUAAAAAAUGUGUAAAAUCACGUUCUUUCAUUUUUAAUUAAGUGAGAAUCAGAGCACAAAUUGAUAGGAAACAUGAAGGUGGUUUUUCUAUUCCAUACAAUCAUCAAAAAUAUAUGCAGAGCAUCUUCAGCUUUUUACACAGUCUCUCAUGCAUCUCUUCCUGUUUACUCUUCAUUAAUAAAGCUUUGGUUCACAUUUUGUAAUGUGCACUAUUGGAUACAAAAGUUUACAUCAAAGCUUACUUUAAACAUUGUUGGAAUGGGGCUCAAUAUAUUUGAUAGAGAUAAUUGAUCAAUCCCAAAUAAAUAUUUUUAAGAUACAAUCAUUUUCAAAAGUUGAAUUUAUAGAAAGUAUCAAUGAGUAACAUAUUUCUAUGUAGUUAAUGUCAGCUGUCUGAUGACUAUUUAGCAGUUUAUAAAUUGUUACAUGAUAUGUCACAGGAAGCGUUAGAUCCUUUUUUAAAGGUACAGUUUUGUGAAUGUCAUCAAUAAAAUCAACAGUUAUGGAUUUGAAGUUGAGAAACAUUAAGUAAAUUAAUAUACUGGUUGAUUUCCUGUUCAGUAGAAUGCCAUAUUAGUUCCAAUUAUUUAAUUUUCUGUUGUUGUUUUAUGUUAUUUGUAUAUUAACUUCAUUUUUACUGUCAUCUUUCCUGUUGUAUAUAAAUAGAACCAACCUUGUAAUUAUUUUCAAAUACAGAAGAGGAUACAUUUACCUGAGAUGGAUUUUAUAAGAAAGUCCUAAAUCAAUAUUUUUCAUUCUUUCAUUUGUUCCACAUUAAUUUGCAAAUUAUGCACAACAGGAUAGACAUUCAUGUAGAGUUAGAAAGCUUAAAGUAUUUUUGAAUAUAGGAAAUGAGCUUCUCAAAAUUGUACUUGACUAAGUCUAUAGAUAGGAGACAGUCUGCAGUAAAUAACUAACCCAGGGAAUUCAUUGUAAUUUGAGAGAUAACAUCUCCUAUUUUUUUUUCCUUUUUACAUGCAAAAAGUAAUAGUCACCAGCAAGCCAAGAUUUCAGGAAAACUAGCCAAAAAACAUAAAAUGUCAAAAUAGAAAAUACCAGAAAAAUGGAAUAUUUUCAUGUUCUUUCUCUAUAUGCUCAACAUUGUUUUGUGUCAUUUGUCUUUGACUCUAAAAAUCGCUGAAAUAGUCAUUGUUAGCAGUUUGUAAGUAGGAAGUGGUUUUCUUGUGUGUCCAGUUCAUUUCACUUUUCAAAACCUGAAAAAUCCAUAUAUAUGCUUGGAAAAUUAUUUGAAACCUUAUAUUCUGAGAAAUUCUGUGCAUUGCACCCAUUUUUAAGUUUUGCAUCAUCUUAAUACCUUUGGUUUGCAUUUCAGUUGUAUGUUGUUUCCUAAAAAUGAUUAUAGACUCAACUGAGCUAUUGCUUCUUAAUUUGAUUUUUUAUGGAUAUGAAAAAAUGCUGCUACUUGUCUGUUAUUAUGUGUAAGUAUAUUGUAAUUCAUUUAAGGACAGUACUUUAAAGAAAGAAAUAUUUCUUUUGCUUAAAACUUCUUGAUUGGAGGUCCUUCUGAAGUUAAUUUGUAUAGAUAUAUGAGUAUUUUAAACAAGUCUGAAAGUGUUACCUACUUCUAAAUUAUGGGGAGUACUGGGAGACAGCUAAGAUAGAGUGGAGAAUCCAGCAGACACUGCAGAGUUCAAGUUUUACCCUAAGUUCUGCAUUCUGUGUUCCAUAUGUUUUGCUUAAGGCAUUUCUCAUAGGACAUUAGAAUAAGCUGUAUCCAAAGGUAAAUUUUUUGUGGCAAAUAUUUGUUUUACACUUUAACUUCUAGAAUUUUAUUUCUGCAAAAUAAAGAGCACUGACCUUUAAACUUGAAAUUUUUCUGCACUUUUUUAGAUAAUUAAACCUUUUUAUUAUCAUUUAAUCCAUAAUGCUCAGUUUAAAUCAAGUGAUACAUGUGAAUAAAGCAUACCAAAAUCAUGAAUAUGCUGCUAUCUACACCUUAAACUAAACUGAUCAGUUUAAAAACCUUUAGUAGGGUUUUAUAUAGUUUUCAAAGGUUAAAAAAUAGUAAAAUUGUUUGCUAUAUGUUUCAGUGUCCUUGAUCUUAAAUUAUUACAACACUUUCAGAUUUGUUUGAAGAUCAUACAGUAACAUGUUAUAUUUAUACAUACUGCUAGAAAUAUACUUUUAGUUUUAAAAUGAAAUUUUUAUAAAUGUACUCUUUAUUUUAAAAAUGGUGAACUUGUUAAGUUUAAGUCAAAGUACUUAAAAAGUAUGUAUAUUAUCCAUACAAAAAGUUAUGUUUUAUGCUUAUAAUAAGAAAUAUUGGUAUCUCAUAUCGAGAUACAGUUAAUUUUAAAAAAUUACACAUCAUUUAAAAGUAUUCACACAUAACAUGAAAAGUACCAUUACCAUGGUUAUUUAAAAAAAAAUCCCUCUAUUGAGCAUUUUCAAAUACUAAUUUUAUUUGGGGGGAGAAUGCCCACAACAGUAAUUUCACAAUCUUUCUCAAUAACUACAAACUUGCUGUUGGAUGUCUACCUUAAUUAUUGUUUUAA